GCCGCCGCCGCUCGGGGCCGCGGCAACCGCCGGAGCGCGGGCCCCCACGCUGGCCGCCCCCCUCCCCCGAAGGAGUCAAAUCCGGCUCCCGAGCGUGGGGAGGGUGGGGAUAUCCGGUGCCUCUCCCGCGCCGGGAGGAGGGGGAGGGCGGAGAGGCUCCUCGGCCAGUCUGCGCCGAGCAGAUUCAAACCAAAACAAAAAGAUUAAAGGAGCUGCGCCGGGGCGGCCUCGGUCCCCGGCUGGGACGCGGGAGCAGGCGCGCCCGGGCUCCGCUGGUGCUGCGCCGACGCUGAGCGCGGCGGGCCGGGGGCGGGGACCGGAGCCGGGUGUCUAGGGAAGGGGGAGCGAGGGGAGGGCGCCGGCCAGAGGAGGGGCGGACCCGCCCGCCCGCGCCGAGCCGAGUCGGGCGGCCCAGGCUGGGCGUGACCCCGCCGGCUUCAGCGCGGAGAGCGGGCGGAGGCGAGCGAGGGCUAUGCUGCGGCUGGCGCACGGCGGGGCUCGGGCCAUCGUGGACUUGUCGUACGCCCGCCACUUCCUGGACUUCCAGGGCUCCGCCAUCCCCCGAGCCAUGCAGAAGCUGGUGGUGACUCGGCUGAGCCCCAACUUCCGCGAGGCCGUCACCCUGCGCCGGGACUGCCCGGUGCCUCUCCCCGGGGACGGAGACCUCCUCGUCCGGAACCGAUUUGUUGGCAUUAAUGCAUCUGACAUCAACUAUUCUGCUGGCCGCUAUGACCCAUCGGUGAAGCCCCCCUUUGACAUAGGUUUCGAGGGCAUUGGUGAGGUGGUGGCCUUAGGCCUCUCUGCCAGUGCCACACACUCCGUGGGCCAGGCCGUGGCUUACGUGACACCUGGUUCCUUUGCAGAGUACACAGUUGUGCCUGCCAGCAUUGCCACUCCAGUGCCCUCGGUGAAACCCGAGUACCUCACCCUGCUGGUAAGUGGCACCACUGCAUAUAUCAGCCUGAACGAGCUGGGAGAACUGUCAGAAGGGAAGAAAGUUUUGGUGACAGCAGCAGCUGGGGGGACGGGCCAGUUUGCUGUGCAGCUUUCAAAGAAGGCAAAGUGCCAUGUAAUUGGAACGUGCUCUUCUGAUGAAAAGUCUGCUUUUCUGAAGUCUGUCGGGUGCGAUCGCCCUGUCAACUAUAAGACCGAGUCCCUCGGAACCGUCCUCCGGCAGGAGUACCCGGAUGGUGUGGAUGUGGUCUAUGAAUCUGUUGGGGGAGCCAUGUUUGACUUGGCCUUAGAUGCCUUGGCUACCAGAGGGCGCUUGAUAGUAAUCGGGUUUAUCUCUGGCUACCAAAGUCCUGCUGGCCUCUCGCCUGUGAAAGCAGCAACACUGCCCGCCAAGCUGCUGAAGAAGUCUGCCAGCGUCCAGGGCUUCUUCCUGAACCAUUACCUCUCCAAGUACCCGGCGGCCAUGAAGCACUUGCUUAAGCUGCAGGCCAGUGGGGACCUGGUCUGUGAGGUGGACCUGGGAGACCUCUCUCCAGGGGGCAGGUUUACGGGUCUGGACUCUGUAUUCCGGGCUGUCGAUUAUAUGUACAUGGGAAAAAAUACUGGAAAAAUUGUCGUUGAAUUACCUCACUCUGUCAACAGUAAGCUGUAAAAACUGAACAAUGAUAUAAAUCAAAGGAGAAAGAAAACGAGCACUUUAUGCCCGAGAAUUACUCAAAUCCAUUUAUUUUUAGUUUGUGAUAGAUAUAAUAUUUUUUAAAACAAAAGUAAGGUGUUAAUGAGUCUCUCCAUUCCUCCCUCCCUCCCCUUCCCUCUCUCUCUCUCCCUCCUCCUCCUCCCCCUCCUUCCUUGGGAAAAAAAGUGCCAAUAAAAGUUCCCUCCAUACUCAGAGGUAAAACGUUUACAUUCGAUUCUUUAGUCAUGGACGGUCUCAUUCCAGAUUUUAUUGUUCCAGGGAAGUAAAUUAAUUCCUGAUGCAGGACCUGAUCGAAUCAGUAUGUCCUCAGCUUGAUGAGAUUUUAAAAUCAGUCUUGAAAACAGUUCACAAAGCUGCCUCUGCUCUGGGAGAGCCUGCUCUUAUGCUAAUGAGCAGCUCAAAAGUGAGAGGUGCCACAGGUCCCACUGUUGUACUGUCCUAUCCUCCAGAAUAGGGCCCCCCUUUGUCUGCAGAGCCUUAACCAGCUAUGUACCUAGACAUUUUGGGCAGGAUUCUCCCCAGAUUCAAUGUUGGUAUUAGAUGAUUCCAAAAACACAGACCUGUCUUCCAGAAGUACCCUUUAUUUGAUGGGCUUCAUCCACAGUCAUCCUGGUAAGCUGUGUUGCAGUGUGAGAAAUGUCCCUGUUAUUGUGAGAAGAGAAUUGAUAUUGAAAACUUAUAGACACAGAAAAUAGGUUCUGCAAAGGGAAACCGCAGAGUUUGAAGGGACUUUUAAGAAUUCACGUGCACAGGAAGGGAAAUGUGUGUGCUGUGUUUAUGGUGCAGGUGUGCGUGAUGCAGCGUGGACUGCAGGAGGACACAGCUUGGGCAUACGCAGGGGAUGGUAAUGAGGGAGCACAGGUCACACAGCUCCAUGCUUUCAGGGACYGAGUGUCCAUAAUACUACACUUGCUUCUCAUGGGAGGCUUUCAGACGUAGAACAAGGGUCUGAUCUCUGGUCAUGGAAACAGAACAGCAGUCACUGACCCUCCUGUUUCAUGUCCAGCAUUCUGCUGGAAGGAGAUGGGUUUUGUCACUGCUGCCUGAUGGCACACACCAUCCACCAACCACACAUGAGAAGCAGAGCGACAUGUGCCUCCUCUCCCGAAUCAUGCCAACGCUGAUCCACUUGCCUCUUAACCUCCGGCGCCCGGAGGCUGCUGCUGCUUUCAUCAUUAAGUCGAAAUCCCACAGUGCCUUUCUAAUUGAAGGUGAAGCCCACCAGAUUAUUUUGCAGAGUCUUGGGUUUCAGUGCAUCGAACAUGCUCAAUAAAUAUGAACGCAAUUAAAGAUGCUCCAGGAAAGUUGGGGAGCCGAUGUAAUUCUUCCCUUGCAUCUGAGGAGCAAGGAAAUCCUACUGCUGAAGAGCUGUUAGUAUCUAUUUUACAAGAUUUACUCAUUUUCAGGUACCUAAUGUAGCUGCUAGCAUGCAUGCACAACAAUACAAUUUAUAUGGUAAAUGGAACCAAAUAAUGGCUUCACUGAAUGUUAUGGCUGUACUGAAGGGAAAUGUCACGGUAAAUAGCUGCCAAAUUAUGGAUCAUGCCGAAGUGUCACAACUGCACUAAAGACAAAUAGCACUAGAGGCUAUUGCCACUGUGACGCUUUUGAGUUAUGAAGAAGGGUAGCGGCCUGAUGCGAGGCUCUUUGUGUCCUCAUCAUAGCAAAGGGCUCCUGGUGCAGGGGACAAGAAAGCUCGUCCAAUGUGGUGCUUAGUUAUUAAUCUGUCCCUCUCAGAYCUAACAGCUGUGGCAAAACAGAAAGAGACUUUGCCUUGCUCUUGAGUGCGCAAACAAACAAAGCAGGGGAAACAGGUUUUAUGAAUCUAACUGCGCACAGGAAGUGACUGGUAAUGGAAAAAUUUUGUAAUAAAAUAAUCUAAUCAAAGAAUAUUAUUAAAUUUAACAUAGUAUGUGUCUGAAAGGCUUAGUUGCUUCUUAUGCAGAUAGAUGUGUGAAAUCUAAGCAAUAAUGCACUUUCUCCCUCUGUAAGGACUUGACUGAGGACAUUACCAACUAAAUUGCUUCUUCUAAACUGAAGUGAGUCCCGGUUUCUUUCAUUUUAAUAGGAGAGUAAUAAAGAUGAAAGACCAACAUUUUAUCUGAUGGAUCCCUUAAGCUACAGAAUAGAAAUUUAUUAUGUUUUGAGGGUAUAUACAAAAUUCAGAUCUGUAAAAAUAAAAUCUGAACACCCAGGUUUAAAAUAAAACAUAAUCUGAAAACCUCAUGUUCUCUGUCCCCAAACUGAGAAGUUACGGUGCAUGCUGUUUUCAUUUAUUCUUAGAAAACAAGCAUGAAAGAUUCCGCCUAUUCAGAUAAUGCCAAAAAUAUGUUUAAACUUUUGUUUUAUUCUUUUGAAAAAUGAUUUGUAAAUUGAGGGUCAURGUUCAGCAUCAGUCUCACCCUCUGGGAUUGUUGUUCAAGCCCAGUCUCUUUGGGGGAGGUGAAAUGGUGUGAGGGUCCCAACACCUUUCCUCUCAACUGUAUUACAUAUCAUGAAAAGUGCAUCCAUAAUUCAGCACCAUUGUCAGUCUUUGCUUUAGAGAAGGGGCCAGGGCAGAACAAUCACAGUGGAUAAAUCAUUUCUCGGUUCUCAGUGUGGCCUUCUCUGCAUGUUGGGCUUAAGGUCACUGGCCGGGCAGGAUGGCAGGAGCUUGCUCUUGAGAGACCACGACAACCCAAUGAUCUGUUACCAUUCAAUUCUGACUUCUCCUUCGGUGCCUUUUUCCCUACAAAAAAUACCAAUAUCAUUUCCAAUCCCUUUGACAAUGACUAUUGUUGUUGACUGAUCAGCAUUAAAAA